CUGAAGGCAUCAAGAUGAUUGAGAAAAGACAGGAAUUAAAAAAGACCUUGUGCCACUACACCUCAGAUACCUUUACUGACAUGAAAGCAGUCAGAGAAUUCUGUGAAAACCUUUCUGAAUGGAUGGAACGGAGGGAGACAGAGGUAGACAGAAUGAAGGACAUCAAAGACAGAGCUGACAAAAUUGACCUAACUUUCAGCCAUGUUAAGCAGUCAGAGAAAAAAGGUAAGGCCUUCUGGAACUAUAUGAAGAGCAAGUUCACUCAGAAGUCUGCAGACAGCAAGGGUGCAGAGCUGGAGAAGGAGCUGGCUGAAGUGUUGAAAGACACACUGGAAGGUCUGGAGAAGCUCCAUGUCUUCCUGGAUGCCGUGGAGAAGCUAGCUGUCACCUCACUGCAUGUAUUCGCUGAGAACCAGCUGUUACACCUGCCUAGAAAGAUCAAACUCAGUCAUGUUCAGGCUGCCAUAAAAGCUGCACGACUAAUCUGUCCUCUCCUCCUGGAGUUUAAAAGAGAUGCAAAAGUUUUCUUCCUUCCCAAACUCCAGAAUGUGGAGGUGUUGGUUUACCAGCUGGACAGAUACAUGCAGACCACCGAGACCAUUUGUGAGGAGAUGAAGAAAAGCCGCAUCAGUGAUUUUUGUCUGACCAUGACUGUAGUCGACCUUAAUGCCAGUUUAUCUGAACAUGAAGUACACACAAUGGUCGAUCACAUUAAUCAACUGAAUGAAAUCAGGAUGGAUCCAAACUUCCGGAUGGUGUUUUUGUUCAAGGAAAAAUCAUGUCAUGAAUUCAUCAAGGAGUUCAAUGAGCGAAAGCCCAGGAUGUUAGAGUUUCUAAAAGGGAUGGAGGAAAAUGCUGUUCAGCUGGACAAGAUGAAUAAAGGAGCAAAAAUCUCCAGUGUAGCAGGCAGCUCAGUGGGGGCAAUAGGAGGUGUGUUCUCCAUUGUUGGUUUGGCAUUAAUUCCUGUUACAGCAGGAGUGUCUCUGGGUCUGAUGAUGGCUGGUGUAGUGCUGGGAGUCACAAGCGGAGUCAACAACAUCGUCACCACCUCCACAGAGGUCGGAGUUAAUUAUACACAAAAAAAGAAAGCCAAGGAAGUCUUUAAAAGCUUCAUGGAGGACGUGGAAAGUCUCCAGAAAUGUCUAGAUGAGGUGACAAAGCAACCAGCAGCUAAUGUGGAGCCAAGUAAGAUAGAUGUGGCAGUGGGAGUCGGCAAAGUUGCCUCUAAACUUGGUGCUGCUGGAAAAGGUAUUGAUUCCCUGAUUGAUCUGCGUUCUGCUACAAAGCUGUUAAAAAAUGAACAGUGAUGGGAAUAACGGAGUUAAAAUAAACGCCGUUACUAACGCCGUUGCCUUUUUUAGUAACGAGUAAUCUAAUUAAUUACUUUUUCUAUCGUUACAACGCCGUUACCAUUACCAAAAUGCCGUUACUACAAGUUACUGAGUGAAGCUACGAAGUGGUCGUCCCACUUGGUUUAACGCUAGCUUGGCUCACAGACACAGGAGCUCCAAAUGUGUGUGUGUUUUCCCCUGUAGUGAAAACAGGGGUAAGCGAUUAAGUAAUGAUGAUUGGAGGAAAAUUUUAUAAGCCAAUCAGAGACACCAGGUGGGCGGAUGUUUACACACAAACCCAGCACAUAGAAGCACACACACAAAAAAUCAGAGAUGGCGAGUCCGGAGUCUCAGGGAAAGACGGCGUUUUCGAGGUGGAAAUGAUGAAGAAAAUUCUUGAAGUACAGUUGUACCAGUUGUGGUCUUUUGAGGUGCAAUAAAUAUUAAAACCUCUGUUCAGGUACCAGUCUUUGCUGUACUACUCUAUGCACCUGGCCUGUGAAACCUGUUCUGA